AUGUCUCAGGAAAUCCCUCAAACCGUGAAGAAGUGGACUGUCAUUGGCCAUGAUGGUCCGGAUUCUCUGGAUUUCAAGGAAGAAGAACUCGUAUCCACACUCGGUGAUAACCAAGUGCUCGUGAAAAUCCAAGGAGCGUCUCUAAACUUUCGUGAUAUUAUGAUCGCCCAAGGUAAAUACCCAUGGUCAAUUAAGCCUGACCUCAUUCCGGGUUCCGACGGUGCUGGCACCGUCCUGGCAAUUGGAAAACAUGUCACCCGUUUUCAACCUGGCGAUAGAGUGAUAACAACGCUCAAUCAACAACAUCUGGCGGGUUCUAUUACUAGGGAAGCCAUGAAAUACGGGACUGGUGCUUCAGUUGACGGCACUAUGCGCUCAGUUGGUGCUUUUGAUGAGCAAGGGCUGGUACGGAUGCCCUUGGGGUUAAGUUUCGUGGAGGCCGCCACACUGAGCUGUGCAGGAGUUACUGCAUGGAAUGCGCUGUUUGGUCUACCUGGGCGGCCGCUGAUGGCUGGACAGUGGGUUCUAACGCAAGGGACGGGUGGUGUGAGCAUCUUUGCAGUACAAUUUGCCAAGGCGGUUGGGGCUCGGGUUAUAGCCACCACUAGUUCUCCGGAGAAAGCAAAGAUACUCGAGAGACUGGGAGCAGAUCACAUCAUAAAUUACCGUGGAACUGUCAAUUGGGGCGCCAAAGUACGAGAAUUGACCCGAGGGGAAGGAGUGGACCUAGUGGUAGAGGUUGCAGGCCCCAGCACUAUGCAACAGAGUGUCGAGAGCGUAAAAUUGGAUGGUGUAAUCAGCGUGGUAGGCUUUGUCGGGGGCGAAGGAGACGGAUUGCCAACUCUAUUGGAUACAUGGACAAAACUUUUCACGGCAAGAGGGCUGUGGGUCGGGAGUCGCGCGCAGAUGGAAGAGAUGUGCAAGGCAAUUGAGGGCAAUUUGGAUCGACUACGUCCUGUAGUAGAUCGUAUCUUUCCCCUAGCGCAGCUUAAAGAAGCUUAUAAGUAUAUGCUGUCAGGAAACUAUCAGGGUAAGGUUGGGAUAGAGAUUGCUUGA